AUGAGCACCUGCCUACACUCCCCUCCAGCAGGCUACACAACCCAGCAAAUAGCCCAGCCUACCAAAGCCCAGCAAAUAGCCCAGCCUACCAAAGCCCAGCAAAUAGCCCAGCCUACCAAAGCCCAGCAAAUAGCCCAGCCUACCAAAGCCCAGCAAAUAGCCCAGCCUACCAAAGCCCAGCAAAUAACCCAGCCUACCAAAGCCCAGCAUCACAACCCUCCCCUGGACAAGCAUCACAACCCUCCCCUGGACAAGGCCUCCCAGCAUCACAACCCUCCCCUGGACAAGGUCCCCCAGUACACAACCCUCCCCUGGACAAGGUCCCCCAGUACACAACCCUCCCCUGGACAAGGCCCCCAGCAUCACAACCCUCCCCUGGACAAGGUCCCCCAGUACACAACCCUCCCUGGACAAGGCCCCCAGCAUCACAACCCUCCCCUGGACAAGGCCCCCAGAAUCACAACCCUCCCUGGACAAGGUCCCCCAGUACACAACCCUCCCUGGACAAGGUCCCCCAGUACACAACCCUCCCCUGGACAAGGUCCCCCAGUACACAACCCUCCCCUGGACAAGGCCCUCCAGCAUCACAACCCUCCCCUGGACAAGGCCCCCCAGCAUCACAACCCUCCCCUGGACAAGCCCGCCCCCAGCAUCACAACCCUCCCCUGGACAAGGUCCCCAAGCAUCACUACCCUCCCCUGGACAAGGCCCCCAGCAUCACAACCCUCCCCUGGACAAGGCCCCCAGCAUCACAACCCUCCCCUGGAAAAGGUCCCCCAGUAUCACAACCCUCCCCUGGACAAGGUCCCCCACCACAACCCUCCCUGGUUCAAGGCCCCCAAAAGUAUCACAACCCUCCCCUGGACAAGGUCCCCAGUACAUCAAAGUCCCUUUACAAGGCCCCCCAGCAUCACAAAAAUCCCUGGACAAGGCCCCCCAGAAUCACAAUCCCCUGGACAAGGUCCCCCAGUACACAACCCUCCCCUGGACAAGGUCCCCCAGUGCACAACCCUCCCCUGGACAAGGUCCCCCAGUACAAACCCUCCCCUGGACAAGGCCCUCCAGCAUCACAUCUGGUCACCCCAGCAUUUUAAGAUCCCCUGGACAAGCCCGUUAGCAUCACAACCCUCCCUGGACAAGGUCCCCAAUUAUCAGAUCCCUGGACAAGGCCCCCCAGUUCAUCAUAGACCCUCCCUGGACAAGCCCUGCCCAUAG